AUGGCGGCCCCGGUGGAUUUGGGGAGGGGGGGCCCGCCCUCGCGCCCCGGAAAGGCGGGAAAAGGACCGCGCAUGCGCGCGGGCAGGCCGGAGCCAUGGCGCCGUGCGUGUGGGAGCGUGGGGGUGUGCCGGCAUGGGGCUGAGGGGAGCGGGAGGGCGUGUGCGGGACAGAGACCCUGUCAGGCUGAGGGGCGAACCCCCGCGUUGGGGGUCGCGGGGGUUUCUGCGAAGCGUACCGAGGCGUCGAAGCAGGCGCCGCUCAUGGAGGUGCUCAAGAAGGAGGUGAGGGCAAUGCUGAUCGCUGCCAAAGGGGGCUUGACGCCGGAGCAGCUGGAAGAGCAGUACACGGCCAUGGUCUGCAAACCUCUCCCUCUGCACGACCUGGGCUUCCAGUCCACCUUGGAGCUGGUGACACAAAUGCCUGAAGUUGUCCGAAUUUGUUCUUCUAAGAAUGGCACUUUAAUCCUCAAAGCCAUCGCAGAUGACUCCACCAAAGGGAUUGCCAAGCUGGUUGCCAACCAGAAAGUAAAGGCACGUAAGGCAUCAAACAAAACUGCUGUGAAGGCAAAUGCUACUUUUCCCACUAAGAAUUCUAAGAAUCCACAGAGUUUCCGAACUCUGAGUGCCAGGACUCCUGUCCUGCCAGCAGUGGUGAAGGCUGAGCUGCAGGAUCUGCUGAGCUCCUCACCGCUUCUGCUUGUGGACUUGGACAAGGCCUUCCUCAGACGCUUUGGCCGGGCGUUCCAGUACAGGCAGUAUGGAUUUUUGUCCAUGUUUGAAGUCCUCAGGAGCAUGUCUGAUUCCGUUGUCAUUGAGCAGACAAAGGCAGGUUCCUUGCUGGUCCUGAGGAAGUGCUUGGCAAGCCACAUAGAAAAGGAAGAGGUGCCUCAGGCUGAGGAAGAAGAAGAGGUGCCUCAAGCAGCAUCUGCAGCUGAGAUGCCUCCUUUGGAGCCCAUCCGUGAGACAGAGAGCUUCCACCAGGCAGCACUUCUGGUGGAUUCUGAGCCAGUGCAAACACAAGCAGUAGAUUUGGGUGAUCACUUUAAACAACAUCAAGGUUCUGAGCAGUUUCCACCAACUCCAGAAAUCCCUCCAGAUGCUGUUCAGGGCAGAAGCCUUUGCAGUUUGCCACCUCUGAAGAGAAGGUGCUUGGUGGGAGUCAUUGUGGAAUUCAUUGUCUCUCCUAGCCAGUUCUACAUCCACAUCUGCAGCGCAGAAGCAUCUUACAAACUGCAGGAUCUGAUGUUUGAGAUGAGGCAUGUUUACUCACAUAAAGUUGCUUCUGAUAAAUACAUCAUGCCUGAGUCUGCAGUGCGGCCUGGGCAGCUCUGCUGUGUCAUGGUCUGCAAGUGGUGGUACCGUGUGAUCAUCCACCGUGUGAUCAAUGACCAGGAGGUGGAGGUGUUCUAUGCAGACUAUGGACACCUCCAAAUUGUCCAGAAGUCUUGGCUGAGAUUCCUCAAGUGGCACUACUUGAAGCUCCCUGCUCAGGCCAUCCCGUGUUCCUUGGCAUGGGUAAAACCCGUGGAGGGUACGUGGUCCAGUGCAGCAGUUCUCCUCUUCAAGCACCUCUGUCGCUUCAAGGAACUUGUGGGCAUUGUGGAUGAAUAUGUGGAUGGUGUUCUGUACCUCUUCCUGUGUGACACAUCCACCAAGGAGGACGUCUACUUCCACUCUGUCUUGAGGGAUAUGGGAUAUGCUGAUGUCUGUGGAGAGAACAUCCCUUCCCAGGAAUUUGAGGAACUGAAUCCUUCAGCCUUGUAUGUUCAGCCCAGUGGAAGGCAGGGGAGUGCUGGAUUUGUGAAGCCAGACCUUUGCUUGCAGCAGGAAUCUCAAGAUGAAGACGACUUCGGGGAGUUUGUGUGCUACCUCCCAUACGUGCACCGUAACUUUUCAACAUCUCAUUCUCUUGGAGAGUCCUCAAUGCCUGCUGUCUUAGUCAAGUCAGCAGAAGACCUUUACACCUCCUUUAUUUACUCCAGGCAAUGAGCAGAAAUGAGGCAAGAUGACCCAGAUCAGAUAGAAAGCUUUUCCAGCAGGGUUCAACUUGAAGCUGUACAUCCCACUGUUGGAUUCAUGGCAGCACCAUUUAUGCUGCGCCUUCUUGACAUGGCUACUCAGCCUGAGAAGGAAGGUGUGAUAAGAGUGGAGAAGCUGGAGCUGCUGCCAAAGAACGCUCUCUUUGCCUAUGGCAAGUGA